AUGGCAUCCAACUCUAUCUCGUUUAGUGGCACCAAUUACGGGGUUCAGGUGGGGGUCAACCAUGGAUCGAUCUACCCGCCCAUAGAACGGCCAGAGACUCCACCGGCACCUUUCUCGAAUUGUCCGUUCCGUCGUGAUCCAGACUUUGUUGAUCGUGGAACGCUGCUGGAGGAGGUAUAUCAGAAGGGAUGUGUCCCCGCGGCUCGGAUCGCGCUUGUGGGCCUUGGUGGUGUCGGGAAAUCGCAAUUGGCAAUUGAAUGCUGCUACCGGAUUGAAGAGCGUUCUCCCCAGACAUGGGUCUUCUGGAUUCACGCAGCCAACGCUGAGCGAUUCGAGAAGAGUUGCUGGGAUAUCGUCAAUCGGCUCAAGAUUCCAGGGCGGAAGGACCCUAAGGCAAAUGUGUUUCAGCUGAUUUACAAUUGGUUUUUGGACAAAAGAAACGGCAAAUGGGUUGUCAUCUUGGAUAAUGUGGAUGAUAGUCGAUUUCUCCACGAAACUCCGGCAAAUGCAAACGGACAAGAGGACAGGGAAGGUCCACUCUUGGAAUACUUCCCUGUAACCGACAGCGGCUCCAUUAUUAUCACAUCCCGCACCAGAGAUGCGGUUGAUAGUCUUGUGGAGCCCGGCGAUAUCAUCACAAUAGGACCGAUGAAUGAAUCAGAUGCAGCGGAGCUUUUCUCAAAGAAGCUAGGAGAGCCAGGUACACAGGACGCCAAUCAGCUUAUCCGAGAGCUUGAUUUUAUGCCACUUGCAAUCGUACAGGCUGCAGUUCACAUCAGGCACAGAGCCCCUCGUCUCUCUGUGUCUCAAUAUCUUCAAAAGUUCCAGCAAAAUGAUCGAGAAAGGAUCAGGCUGUUGAAGCAUGAGAAGGGGCAGCUCCGUCGAGACAGAGAAGCUAAAAACUCCAUUCUUGUUACUUGGCAAAUCUCCUUCGACCAUAUACAGCGAGUCCACCCAGCAGCUGCGGAUGUUCUAUCCCUCAUGUGUCUGUUCGACCGACAAGGAAUCCCAGAGAAUCUAAUUCGAUACUACAAACGAGAGAUGGAUGACAACCACAGCUUAGCCUCGAGUGAGAGCCGUGGCUUUUCCAGUAUCCUGCAUGAUUCCGCCAAAGCAGACACAUCAAAUCCAGCAUUGAAAGCAGCAUCUGCUGUUGAGCCAGAGUCCGAGACUUCCUCUGUCCACAGCACUGACAGUCUAUUCGAGGAUUGCAUAUCGACAUUGAGAGACUAUUCUCUGGUACAUAUUGAUGUGGAUGAUACAGCCUUUGAAAUGCAUCGACUCGUUCAACUUGCCAUGCGGCAGUGGCUUGAAGCCCACGGUCAGCUCGAGCAAUGGAAAAAACGGUUCACCGGCAUACUUCUACUGAACUUCCCCACUGAACGGUGGGAUAGGUGGAGUGUUUGCCAAUUGCUUCUUCCACAUGUCUUGUCUGCUGUCAAGCAACCACCAACUAAAGAGCUAACGUUGGGCAAAUGGGCUCAAUUGAUCCAAACCACUGCUGAAUUUACGCUAGACAAGGGGAAUUAUGCUCGCAGCGAAGAGCUAGCCAUGUUAGCGUUCAACACAAGAGCUAAUCUGUUCGGCUCUCAAGACGAAAGAACACUUGACAGCCUUAGCGUGGUGGGGCAAGCGACUCACCAGCAAGGGAAAUGGAAACAUGCAGAACAAGUGCAUCGCCAAGUGAUAGAUGCCCAUACACAAAUAUCGGGACCAGAAAGUUCCGCUACCUUGACCGGCAUGAACAAUCUGGCGAGCAUAUACUGGGCACAAGGCCGAUGGGAUGAAGCCGAACAGAUCCACCUACAGGUCCUAGAGGUGCGGAAGCGUAUUAAUGGACCAGAGGACCUUGACACUCUGGCAAGCAUGAGCAAUCUGGCAUCAACCUACGAAGAGCAAGGCCGAUUGAACCAAGCCGAACAUCUUCAAUUGCAGGUUCUAGAGGCGCACAAGCAUAUCCGAGGACCAAAGCACCCUCAUACCCUAACCAGCAUGGGCAACCUAGCAUUGAUCUAUAACCGCCAGGGUCGAUGGAGCGAAGCCAACGAGCUCGAAAUGCAGGUCAUAGAGGUGUAUAAGCGUGUUCUAGGACCAGAGCACCCUGAGACUCUGCUUAGCAUGAGCAAUCUAGCAACGACCUAUAGCCACCAAGGCCAAUGGGAUCAAGCUGAAGAGCUCCAAGUGCAGGUCCUAGAUAUGCGUAAGCGUAUCAUGGGCCCUGAGCACCCUGACACUCUGAUGAGCAUGAAUAAUUUGGCAUCGAUUUAUCGAUAUCAAGGUCUAUGGGAUGAAUCCCAUGAUCUCCGAGUGCAGGUCCUAGAGGUUCGUAAGCGUAUUCUAGGACCAGAGCACCCUGACACACUGGCCAGUAUGAGCAACCUGGCAUCAACCUACAACGACCAAGGGCGAUGGGAUGAAGGCCAAGAGCUCGAUUUGCAAGUUCUAGAUGUGCGUAAGCGCAUUCUGGGACCAGAGCACCCUGACACUCUGAUGAGCAUGGGUAAUCUGGCAUCAGUGUACUCCGAACAAGGUCAAUGGAGCAAAGCUCAAGAGCUUGAAGAGCAGGUGCUCCGAAUUCGCAAGGAGGUUUUGGGACCAGAGCACCCGGAUACGUUGCUUGGUAUGAACAAUUAUGCGCAUACUCUGUGGUUAUCGGAUCACAAUAGCUCUGCCAUCCGGUUGAUGACUGACUGUGCUCAAAUCAGCAUCCGAACAAUGGGUCCUGAGCAUCCCGACACCAUCCAUGCAACCAGUGUUCUAGAUAAAUGGCGCGAGACAAAGAUGCCCUUGUGUGCAGAAGACGUCGAAUCACCGCCUGAGAAAUUGGGUGAGGCAAUCGAGGACAAAGGGACGAAGAGCCAACCCACCACCCCCAGCCGAGUCGGCGCAAGCGGUCGAUAA